AUGGGGAUUCAAUGCGUAAAGAGUCGCGAAAUGGGUAGGUCAAAGCUGAAAGAUGUUCAACACUUUUGCAGAGGUACUGCCCUAAAAUUUAUGCUAGUCGAAGCUGACGAUAGUUUUAAGGGC